AUGCCUAAACAAAGUAGAAAGAAAAUUAAACAACCAAAAAGUACUAUUACUACUAAACCUAACAGUACUAAUGUAAUGGGAAAUAUACCUGAAACUAUUCUUCAACAAGAAUUAAAUGAACGUAGAAAUGGUAUUAUACAAACUAAUGGUCAUCUUCCUUCUUUGGAGAUGUCUGUUGGAAAUGGAACUCAAGUUAAAAUAAACCAACCAGGAAAUGCUCAACCUAUUCAAUUUAUUCCUCAAAUGGUCACUGGUCAAAAUCCUCAAAUGAUUCACACAAUACAAGGACAACAUUUCAUUAAUCAUUCAAACGAACUUUUUAAAAACACUUACCAUAUGAUCCCUUCAACUGCUCUACAAAAUGGAGUUCAUCAAAUUCCACCUCAACAGCCUCAAGGACAACAACAGUUUCAACAACAAAAAGUUUUUUCUUUUCAACAAAUGCCUCAAGGAAAAGGACAACCUACAAUCCUCUAUCAAAAUCCAACAUACGUCAUACCAACUGGACCACAAAAUCAAAGAAUUGUUGAAGCUCUUGCAGGCCAAACUCAAUUGAUUCAACAAAACAAUAUUAAUAGACAACAAGAACAAACUCAAAGAGUUUCUAUGCCUACACUUAAUGGUCAACCAAAUAUCACAACAAUACCAAAUGGUAUUCAACAGAUUAAAGUUCAACCUCAACCUAUCGCAAUGAGAAAUGUAAUUGGAAUAACAAUGCCUCCUGGUUAUUCUACACUCCAACCUAAUCCAAAUGUUAGAAAUUUCCAAAAAAUAGUACCAACAAAUACUCUUCAAAAUACAACUACAGGUCAACCAAUUCAACAACCUCAAAUAUUACAACAAAUUAAUCCUCAACUUCAACAAAAUUUAAACCAACAACCCCAACACACUAUACCACAACAACUCUCAAGUAAUAUUAUAAAUACUCAAUCCCAACAACAAACAACUAAACAACAAUCUAUUUCUAAUCCAAACCAAAAUACAUUUCAAACUAUUAACAACUCUGGUCAAAGAGUUUUAUUUAACUAUCCUUCUUCGAAUGUAAUGAUUAAUCCAAAUAUUAUGUUACAACAAGUAAAAGAAACUGGAAAUACUAUUCCUCAACAACAAAGUGGGUUACGAUUUGCUCCAACACAAGCUACACAAUUAAACGUUAACCAAACAGCUCAAUUAAAUCAAAACCAAAUAAACCCUCAACAACCAACACAAAUAACUCAACCACAACAAGGAAUUACUACUCCUAUUCAGCCUAAUUUUAAACAACGAACUCAACAAGAAUUCCAAACAAGUCAAAAUAUUUCAAAUUUGACAGCAAUUAACACCCCUGUUAUUGGACAGUUUACAUAUAAUCCAAUAGCUCCACACCUUCAAUUUCAACAACAACGUCAAAGGCCAAUUCAAUUUGCUCAUGGAGGGUUCCAACCUACAAUUCCUGGAACAAAAAAUGUAAUAGAAACAACAUUUAGACCAGGAAACACAAAUCCUAAAUUUAUUUUGAAAUCAAAUGGAGAGAAUGUAGAUUCUUUUACCAUUCAACAACAAUUAGAUUUACAAGCUAAUUUUAUGGCACCUAUCUCACAAGUACUAAAUAGAGGUAUUAGCGUAAAUCCAAAAACAUAUGUUAUUGCUUCAACUCUACCACCUAAAGUAACAACUCCAUCAGUAAAAUCGUCAAACCAUAACAUGUCAAUAGGUAUUAAAGAGGAAGAUAGUAGAUCAAAAACUGGUAGUAUUGUUUCUUCAACUACAGGAAAAAGAAAGAAAAAAGAAAAUAAAAAAGUAAUGGAAUCACCACAAAAACCAAGUUUAGCUGAUGAACAUAGAAAUGAAUUAAAGAAAAUGAUGACAAGUAAUUCAGAGUCAAUUGCUGUAUUUGUUAAAGAACAUCCUAAAUACAAUGACCAAUUUGAAGAAACACUUAAAGAAAUAGCUAGAUACUGUAAUAUGUAUCAGUUCUUUGGUUAUGAAUGUAAGGAAGAUAAAGUAAUUGUAACUAAUGCAUUGAGUCAAAUCCUAAAAGAUCCUAAACUAGUUCUUGUGUUUAAAGUAAAUACCCCAAUUGAUGAAAAAUGGGGAUUUGCUAAACCGUUCUUUUCUAAUGAUGAAGAAUUUAAUGAUGAAACUAUUGACGCUAAAAUGCAAAAAGAUGAAGGUGGUGUAGUUCAUUUUCUUGACUUAUAUUAUGAUUACACUAAACAGUUACUUGGUGGAAUUGAAGCAUCAAUAACACCAACACCUGCAUGA